CGGGGCGGGGAGGCGGCCCGGAGCAGCCGGGAGGGGACAAUUCCCGCGGGCGCGCGGAGCCAGGACGGUGACAGCCUCGCGCGCGCGUGCGCGCCCGGCUACAGCGCAGCCGCGCGACCCCCGCCGGCCGCUUAGAGGCGCCCCUGGUCCGGGUCGCCGCCGUCUAGGGUCCCCGUUCCGGGACGUCCCGGGCGUUCUCGGCCCGAGCCCCGGAGCGCGGGGCCGCGCCCGCCCCGUCUGCCCCAGUUCGUUUCCCUCCGCGCCACUGUCAGGGCCUGCCCCCCAACUCCCCUUCCCCGGGGCAGGGUCCUCGCGGCCCAUGCUGGCCGCUGGGGACCCACGCACCCCAGAUCGCUCUAGGGCCGGCCGGCCGGCCACCAUGGUGGUCCUGAGGCCUGUGCGGCUCUUUCAGGGGGGCUAACCGGUCCCGAGCGUAGGCCUCGGGGCUAAAGGGCCCCCGGACCCGAGCCUCGCACCAUGGCCGGGGCCAUCGCUUCCCGCAUGAGCUUCAGCUCACUCAAGAGGAAGCAGCCCAAGACGUUCACGGUGCGGAUCGUCACCAUGGACGCCGAGAUGGAGUUCAAUUGCGAGAUGAAGUGGAAAGGGAAGGACCUGUUUGACUUGGUGUGUCGGACUCUGGGGCUGCGAGAAACCUGGUUCUUUGGACUGCAGUACACAAUCAAGGACACCGUGGCCUGGCUCAAGAUGGACAAGAAGGUGCUGGACCAUGAUGUCUCAAAGGAAGAACCAGUCACCUUUCACUUCCUGGCCAAAUUUUAUCCUGAGAAUGCCGAGGAGGAGCUGGUUCAGGAGAGCACACAACAUUUAUUCUUCUUGCAGGUGAAAAAGCAGAUUCUAGAGGAAAAGAUCUACUGCCCUCCCGAGGCUUCAGUGCUCCUGGCUUCUUAUGCCGUCCAGGCCAAGUAUGGUGACUACGACCCCUCUCUGCACAAGCUGGGAUUUUUGGCUCAAGAGGAAUUGCUUCCAAAAAGGGUGAUAAAUCUGUAUCAGAUGACUCCGGAAAUGUGGGAGGAAAGAAUUACUGCCUGGUAUGCAGGGCACCGAGGCCGAGCCAGGGAUGAAGCUGAAAUGGAGUAUUUGAAGAUAGCUCAGGAUCUGGAAAUGUACGGUGUGAACUACUUUGCAAUCCGGAAUAAAAAGGGCACAGAGCUGCUGCUUGGAGUGGAUGCUCUGGGACUUCACAUCUAUGACCCUGAGAACAGGCUGACCCCUAAGAUCUCCUUCCCGUGGAAUGAAAUCCGAAACAUUUCAUACAGCGACAAGGAGUUUACUAUUAAACCAUUGGAUAAGAAAAUUGAUGUCUUCAAAUUUAACUCCUCAAAGCUUCGAGUUAAUAAGCUGAUUCUUCAACUUUGUAUUGGGAACCAUGACCUAUUUAUGAGGAGAAGGAAAGCCGAUUCUUUGGAAGUUCAGCAGAUGAAAACCCAGGCCAGGGAGGAGAAGGCUAGAAAGCAGAUGGAACGGCAGCGCCUUGCUCGAGAGAAGCAGAUGCGGGAGGAGGCUGAGCGCACGAGAGAUGAACUGGAGAGGAGGCUGCUGCAGAUGAAAGAAGAAGCAACAAUGGCCAACGAAGCACUGAUGCGGUCAGAGGAGACGGCCGACCUGUUGGCGGAAAAGGCCCAGAUCACUGAGGAGGAGGCCAAGCUCCUGGCACAGAAGGCCGCAGAGGCUGAGCAGGAAAUGCAACGCAUCAAGGCCACAGCCAUUCGGACAGAGGAGGAGAAGCGCCUGAUGGAGCAGAAGGUGCUGGAGGCCGAGGUGCUGGCGCUGAAGAUGGCUGAGGAGUCGGAGAGAAGGGCCAAGGAGGCAGAUCAGCUGAAGCAGGACCUGCAGGAAGCCCGAGAGGCAGAGCGAAGAGCCAAGCAGAAGCUCCUGGAAAUUGCCACCAAGCCUACAUACCCGCCGGUGAACCCAAUCCCAGCACCAAUGCCUCCUGACAUACCAAGCUUCAACCUCAUCGGCGACAGCCUGUCUUUUGACUUCAAGGAUACUGACAUGAAGCGGCUUUCCAUGGAAAUAGAGAAAGAAAAAGUGGAGUACAUGGAGAAGAGCAAGCAUCUACAGGAGCAGCUCAAUGAGCUGAAGACGGAAAUCGAGGCCUUGAAGCUGAAAGAGCGGGAGACGGCACUGGACAUUCUGCACAAUGAGAACUCGGACAGGGGCGGCACCAGUAGCAAGCACAAUACGAUUAAAAAGCCUCAAGCCCAAGGCAGAAGACCUAUCUGCAUUUGAGUCCUCAAAGUAGGUUAUUCCCAGCUCACUUUGCAGAGCGCCAAGUCCCGAGUGGCUUUCUUUGAAGAGCUGUAGCAGGUGACCCGGCCACUCCAGGAUCUGUGGCUUCAGCACCAGCGGGAUGGUCGACUCCGUGGGAACCGUUCAUAGUGGCCUGGCCGGGGGCUCCCGUGGGAGCUCUGGAAUUUUUUCCAGCUGAGUGGAGAGUCCAGCCCACUUCAUGUGCAAUUGCCUUUGAACUAUGACCCUGUAGAGAUCUCUCUUAUGGUGUUUUAGUUCUUCUGACUUGUGUCUUUCUUUUUUUCCUGGUUUUUUUUUUUUCUUUGAAAAGUGUCUUUGUCUUAUGUGAGAUCCUGUAGUUCCUUGGUCCCUGGCAGCCUGGUGUGUGUGUCUCACUGCCCAGUGCCAACCUCCACGGCCCCGUCUGGGAAGCAGGUGUAGGAGUGAAGGGUCAAGGCUGAAGCCUAGAAGGCCAGUUCCACCACCCGCGCUCCACCCAGCAUUCCAGAAUGUCCAUCCCGCCGCAGGUGAGGCCCUGGCACACAGUGGACAAGCACAGCCUGGCUGAGUUAGGCCCAGAGUGACCUGCCUGCUGCUCACCAUCGGGGAGCUCACCUGAAGCUCAGGACCAGCUCAGGUCCUCACCAGAGCACCCGGGUAGGGCUGCUGGGUUUGGGGGCAGCUGAGGGCAGAAGCUGUGAUAAAGGCCCAGCAGCCAGCAGGGGGCUGGGAGUCAGGCAGAGCCGGGGAGGGAUCUAACGGUACAGAGCGCUCACACCCUCCACCAGACCCCAGCCCAGGGCCUGAGAGCCAGAGAGCAGCCAGCUACGUGUAUCUCCCGUCCCCACCAGCCUUAGACUCCUGCUUGGGCUGGUGAUGUUCUCACCAAUGCCUAGAAGCCUGGCUGUGACCAGGGACCUCUACAGGCCCCAAGGCCCCACGGGUGCUUCCUGUCUGGCCCCAACAACAUUCAACCCCAGAACCCCGACUCCUACUGAUCUGAGUCACCCCCACCUCUGGCCGUGUACCAGCAAGCCUUCCCAAAGCCUCUGUGGUGCCUGCGCCUCAGUUGCCAUUGUCCUUGUUCCCCUGGAGGCCCUUUAUUUCCUAUCCUUUGAGGGCCCCUCAGAGUCCCUUUUGUCUUUCCCAGUAGGAGCCUGACACAGCUGCCUCAGAGCUGGCACUCACACAGGCUGGCACACAACUCGGUUCCUUGUGGGAUUCAGAGCCACCUGUGAUUGGGGGCCACAUUCUGGCCCUUUCUUUCCUACAUGGCUGCUGUUGCUGCUAUGGCCAACUGGGGUCCUAACAGGGCCAUUGUGCAGAGCAGGUGAUAUCGGCAGAAAGAUUCCUUAUCCACUGAAGAGGGCCUGGAGAUCCCUUGAUAGCAGAGACCAUCUCCAGAGAUUUUGUCUGGCUUUGAGGAUCAAAGGCACUCAUGAGAUCCUGCCUUGUUUCCACUGACCUAAGGGCAGGCCCAGGCUGACCUAAGGGCAUCCUCGGCUGGCCACCCCCUUCUGAGGCCACCUUGUCCCUCAAAAGUAAGUCCUGCGUGUGACCCAGCCCUUAGGGCGUGCAGGGUGGAACUCUAGUCUGGAACCGAGGAGUGGAUGGCGGCCACCGAAAGGGAGAGUCCUCAGGACCUGCGUCCUCAGUGUUUACAAAGUCAGAUCUGGCUCUUGUGUUUGACUUUAUCUUUUCAGGCCUAAAUUUCAUCCUUGAAUUUCUGCCAGGACUUAAUUCCCUCCCAAUCUGUAAAUUUAAUCUUUCAGCAGUGACUGUGGGGCACAAGAGCAUGAUGGUAGUUUAUAAAAGUGAUGUUGGGCCUUGUUUUUUAAUUUAACUGCUGCACGUAGCUGAAGCUGGGAAGCGCCAAGCCAUGUGGCCACACGGGACCUGGCUGGCUGGCGUCUGAGCUGUGGCAGGUGCACCUGGAGCCCCAGGGCAGACGGAGAGGGAGGGCAGGAACCACUCAGCCAGGGGUGCUCAGCUGUCCCCGAAGGGAGAAAGUGGGAGUCCUCACGAUGUCUCGGACCCCAGUGGAAAAAGAAAGGAUGAAAGCAGUGCCUGGUUUUCAGAGACUUGUGCUGUAGCUGCGGUAACUGUUCCUUCCAGGGAACAUUUUUAGAGCAUGGAAGCUUGUCAAGUGAGGAAGUCUCUGAAGUCCGUGGAGAUUGGAGCCCUGGCCACGAUUAUGUCAUUGGAGCGCUUCUGGCAGCUCUUGGGCCGAAGCACCGUGGUGCUGAACCCAGUCACGAGGCCCGUGCCCAGGUCAAGGCUCCCUGUGAGGCCACCCUCUGGGCCCGUAGCCAUUCAUGUGUCCUGCUCGAGGCCCUGCCUCAGCCACAGCAGUCCUCUGACCUGUGGUCGCCACUCAGUUCUUCAUGUACCUGCCCGGCCCUGCUAGACAACACCCCAUGGCAUUAUAUAACACUUCUUGAGUGACUGUGUUUUGUCAUCUUAGAGACAGGUUUCUCUCUCUCUUUCUUUUUCAAAAGUCCAGAGGCUGACAACCAGUGACAGUGACUAAGUGUUCCUCACUGACAGGGCUAGGGCCUUGCAGCCCCUGGCAGUGGCAGCCUUAGCAAAAAUUCAGCCUCUGCCAGUUGCCCUAGGGCCAAGAUGGCCUUUGGGGGCUCCUAGGGAUGUGCCAUCCGUUUUCAAAGGUGUCAAGCAACACUUCUUCCUGCGGGGCCUGAGUCACACCUCCUGUCAGGGCCCGACUGGGGAAGGUUAUUUUCUAUUCUGGGAGAUUGUUGUAAUUUAAGUGAUUGUUUUAAUAAAAUCCUAAGCUGUAA